AUGCCCCGGGCUCCCCUGGAGGACCACGAGUCCCGGCGUGCUCCGCGGCGGCCCGAGAGACUCGAGGACCACGAGUCCCGGCGUGCUCCGCGGCGGCCCGAGAGACUCGUCUCCCAGCAUGCCCUGGGGCCGACCCUGGCUCCUAAGGAGGACCACGAGUCCCGGCGUGCUCCGCGGCGGCCCUUGAAGCGGUGCUGCCCCCGUUCCCGGCGUGCUCCGCGGCGGCCCCGGCCCUCGUGGGGCCUGAGGGGAGGGAGGGCGGGAGGUGGUCGGGCGUGUGAGGGUGUUGGGGCCCGAUGCGGGGGUCCGAGCGGAGGCCCGAGCGGAGGCCCGGGGGGCCGGCGGGGGAGCAGGCCCCCCCCGACUCCCCGCCCGAGCCCCCCCCCCCACCACCGCCCCCACAACGAGUCCCGGGUCUACGACGACGGCACCAACACCUUCUUCUGGCGGGCCCACACCCUGACGGUCUUGUUCAUUCUGACGUGCACCUUGGGCUACGUGACGCUACUGGAAGAGACGCCCCAAAACACCACCUACAACACCAAAAGAGGGAUUGUGGCCAGCAUUUUGGUUUUCUUGUGCUUCGGAGUCACACAAGCCAAAGACGGGCCGUUCUCGAGACCUCACCCAGCCUACUGGCGGUUUUGGCUCUGUGUCAGCGUGGUGUACGAGCUCUUCCUCAUCUUCAUCCUCUUCCAGACGGUGCACGAUGGGCGCCAGUUCCUGAAGUACAUCGACCCCAAGCUGGGGGUCCCCCUGCCCGAAAGAGACUACGGGGGCAACUGCCUCCUCUACGACCCGGGCAACGAGACCGACCCGUUCCACAACGUCUGGGAUAAGAUGGAUGGAUUUGUUCCUGCCCAUUUUCUCGGCUGGUACCUGAAGACCCUGAUGAUCCGCGACUGGUGGAUGUGCAUGAUCAUCAGCGUGAUGUUCGAGUUUCUGGAGUACAGCCUGGAACACCAGCUCCCCAACUUCAGCGAGUGUUGGUGGGAUCAUUGGAUCAUGGACGUGCUGCUCUGUAACGGGCUGGGCAUCUACUGCGGCAUGAAGACGGUCGGCUGGCUCGCCCUCAAGACCUACAAAUGGCAGGGGCUGUGGAACAUCCCUACCUACAAGGGGAAGAUGAAGAGGAUCGCCUUCCAGUUCACCCCGUACAGCUGGGUCAAGUUCGAGUGGAGGCCGGCCUCCGACCUGCGGCGCUGGCUGGCCGUCUGCGGCAUCAUCUUCGUGUUUCUUCUGGCAGAGCUGAACACCUUCUACCUGAAGUUCGUGCUGUGGAUGCCCCCCGAACACUACCUGGUCCUGCUGCGCCUGGUGUUCUUCGUCAACGUGGGCGGCGUGGCCAUGAGGGAGAUCUACGACUUCAUGGACGACCCGAAGCUGCACAAGAAGUUCGGGCAGCAGGCGUGGAUGGUGGCGGCCAUCACAGCCACGGAGUUCCUCAUCGUGGUCAAGUACGACCCUUACACGCUGACCCUGUCCCUCCCUUUCUACGUGGCGCAGUCGUGGAUCCUCGGGGCCGUCCUCGUCCUCACCUGGACCGUGUGGCGGUUCUUCAUCCGGGACAUCACGCUGCGCUACAAGGAGAUCCGCAGGCAGAAGCGGGAAACCCGCGGCCACAAGGACGACCAGGACGGGGCCCUGAGCAACGGCGACGGGGGCCGCGGCGGGGGGACGCCCGGGCCCCAGGGCGACGGCGGGGGAGCCGCCCCCGCCGGAAAGAGGACCGCCGACCCGACGCCCGAUGCCAAGGCCUGAGCCCCCUCGGACGGGGCCCGGCCCCUCCGUUUCUCUCCGGCCGUCGCCCUGCCGGACCGCGAGUGCCGGAGGAGGGGUGCCC